UCUUACCAACAGCAACAACAACGAUGUCUCUCCUUCUCCCCACCAAUUUACUACAAUGCCGUUCUUCCUCCCUCCUUCUACUCUCCCAGUCUCCCUCCACCACCGCCUUUUCCGCCAUCGCACCUCGCCGGAUAUGCCUGAGAUUGGUCACUUCUUGCGUGGCAUAUGAUCAAAGCUCUGCCGUAAACGGUUCUGCUCCGAAAGCCGUUGUCGUAGAGCGAGACCAGAUUCGCCUUGGUCUUGUUAGCAAGGGACGCAUGGCCACCAAUUCGCUCAAUCUUCUCAAGGACUGUCAACUGUUUGUGAAACAAGUCAAUCCUAGGCAAUAUGUUGCACAAAUUCCCCAGUUACCAAACACUAAAGUCUGUUUUCAACGGCCAAAAGACAUCGUCACGAAGUUACUCUCAGGAGACUUGGAUCUAGGUAUCGUUGGUCUUGACAAACUUCGUGAAUAUGGUCAGGAAAAUGAAGAUCUUAUCAUUGUCCAUGAAGCUCUAAACUUCGGAGGCUACCAUUUGUCCAUUGCGAUACCCAACUAUGGAAUUUUUGAGAAUAUAAAGUCUCUGAAGGAGCUAGCACAAAUGCCUCAAUGGAGUGAGGAGAGACCCUUACGCGUUGCUACUGGCUUCACUUAUCUUGGCCCCAAAUUUAUGGAAGAAAACGGCAUAAAGCAUGUGACGUUUUCAACUGCAUCCGGAGCCCUGGAGGCAGCCCCGGCGAUGGGAAUAGCUGACGUCGUUCUGGACCUUGUGAGUAGUGGAACAACACUCAAAGAGAACAACUUAAAAGAGAUUGAAGGAGGUGUUGUGCUGCAAUGUAAGGCUGUACUCGUGGCAAGCAGAAGAGCAUUGACCAAGAGAAAAGAGGCACUAAAUACAGUACAAGAAAUUCUCGAGAGAUUGGAGGCCCAUCUGAAGGCGGAUAGCCAAUUCACUGUUAUUGCAAACUUCAGAGGAAGUAGUGCUGAGGAAGUGGCUGACCGUGUGUUGAGCCAACCAUCAUUGUCAGGAUGGCAGGGACCAACAAUAAGCCCAGUUUAUUGUAGACGAGGUGGAAAAAUAUCAAUUGACUACUAUGCAAUCGUGAUUUGUGUCCCAAAAAAGACUUUAUACGACUCUGUGAAGCACCUGAGAGCGGUCGGAGGCAGUGGGGUAUUAGUUUCACCUUUGACCUACAUUUUUGAUGAGGAUACUCCAAGAUGGGGUCAGUUCCUGAGGAACCUCGGGAUUUAAAUGUUUUGGUAAGGACGAUACAUAUGUUGAACAUGUUGUAAGAAGACUCUUUAAUGUAAAUCUAUGAGUUUUGUUACCUUUGUGUCAACUUUCUAUUUCU